AUAGCAGCAAGAGGGCGGUGUUGUGUUGAAGAGGAGCUUGACAAGCGCCUCUUUAAAAGAAGAGGACUGCACGGCCCGUCGCUAGGCAACUAUGCUGCAAAUGAAGACUUGUUUCGCCCAGCCGAAACUAGUUCAACGAUUGAAAGAUUUACAAAGGUUUUAUUAUUUUCUUGUCGAGGUUUCUUGCUCACUAAUAGCCCAGCCAUGCCUCCUCCGGAGACCAUGUUCUGUUCCCAGCAAAUCAACAUCCCGACGGGACUGCCGGAAGUCCUCAAGAACUUCACGAAAGCGGCCAUCCGAACUCAGCCCAAAGACCUGCUGGUGUGGUCUGCAGCCUACUUCGAUGCGUUGGCGAAAGGAGAGAUUCUUCCAGUCAAGGAGAGGCUGGAGAUUAAUUUUGGCAGCCAGACAAAAGAUGCGAUGCUGACUCCAGGUCUGCUAAAGACUCUGCAUAAACAGCUGUCCUUUGCGGAAACAUGCGGCAGGGAAAUGUUGCAGGACAAAUGGAAGGCUUUGUGUCUGCCCAUGGAACAGCUGGAGAACAUGCUGAUCCUGGGCAACUUCAGCAUGGACGUCAGCUGGAUGGAGUUUUUUGCGCUGGGAUGCAGUGCUCUGGGAGAUUCUCUCAAGACCUCGCUCAAGGUGGCCUGUGAGAUCCUGACCGAGGAUGAGGAGGGGGGUGCCGCGAGGAUCCCUUUUGAGAUAUUUUCAUUGCUGUGCACCUACCUGGCAAAUCUGGACCCAGAAAUGCCGCAGGGCCACAUCGAUGGCUUCCUCACGAGCUUGGAGCCACAAGUGAAACUGCAGCACGGCAUGAUCAAACCUCUUGACUUCAUCCAUCGGGAGGAUAUGAAGCCGCCCAAUGAGUCAUCGGACUAAAGUUGAGCAAACCAGUGUCAUGACCUCUGAGUGUGUGAUAUGGGGAAAAAAACAAACCCAAAAAAGCUCUACAUUUGGAAUCUGGAUGAUCUGCAAGCAUACAAGAGGGAACCACGGCUGUGAUUAGCAGUUGUCGGUCCAGCUUCUCCCACCCAACCCUCUCAUCUUUUACUGACGAUGUCAUCAUCCUGGCAUAUUGGAAAAUGCUUAAUUCAUCACCGAGGCAACACUGAACAACUCAACCGUUCAACAGUUGAGCGCUAAUUCCCAUGAAUUCAAUAACUAUUGAGCUGUUGACACGGGUGUUAUCAUUCCCUCACAGAGGUGUGUGUGUGUUUGGACAUGUGCAAUAAUGUCUCUAUUCAUCCCUCUUUUGGAAGAUUUGAACAAUAAACGAAGCUAUUUCUAUUGGCUGUAUUUGGGAAUGACUUUGACACACACGAUCACUGAAAUUAUCAUUCAAAACAUUGUUAGGGGUUCAUUGCGAGCUGAUUAAAACCAGUUCAUUAUUGUCA